CUCUAACUCCCACUAUCACGCCUACCAUCACGCCUACUACCACUAUGUCCACGCCCAUCACUACGUCGUGGUCUUCUACCACGCCUUCCACCUCCUCCACGCCUAUCACAUCCUCCACACCUACCUCCUCCACGCCUACCACCUCUUCACCUACGACUUCUACCACACCUCCGCCCUCUACCACGUCUUCGCAUCCCACUACCACUUUUACGCAUCCCACCACUAUCCCGUCCUCUAUCCCGAUCACGCCUACUACCUCGCCAACGCCCUCAACGUCUGUGACGCCCACUUCCAAGCCAUCUGAGACCGGCAAACCUUCUGGUCAGCCCAGCAAGGCGCCCUCUCCUUCCGUGCCGUCACAGUCGUGCGAUGGCGUCCAACCAUGGCAGGUCAAUCUCGCAUAUAGCGCAGGCACUCAGGUGAUCUUCAACAACCAACUGUGGACCGCCAAUCAGUGGAGUUAUAACAACAACCCUGAGUCCGCCGCCGCCGCCUGGACUCUGAACGGGAUUUGCAACCAACCGAUUAGCAACAAAGUUGAUUGCACCGGAAUCCCUGGUUGGAACAAGUCCACCGCCUACAAUGGAGGUUCUAAAGUAACCUUUAAUGGUCAACUCUGGAUUUCCACGCAGUGGACCGAGAGUAACAGCCCUGGCGAUGCUUCCGGAACUUGGAAGGAUUUGGGUGCUUGUAACUAAUUCAAUAGUUUGGACUUUUUAGAUGCGUAGCAGUUCGCAUCAUGGACAAUUCUUUAUUAGCAUUAUCUUGCUAUGGACAUUAUCAUGGACUUAAUUAGAUUUUUUGUUUUUCUCUAUCAAUCAACGUUUGAUUUUCAUGGCUAUUCAAUACUAUGGGACUUUUCACAUUUUGCGAUACUGCGUCUAUAAAAUUUUUCUUUCGUUCUCAAUAUCCUUAGUCUUGCC